AUGUUACAAAAUGAAUUUUAUAAUAUAUUAUUAAUCAUAUCUUCAUCAGAUGAUAAUAAAGAACAAUUAUUAUUUGUUAAGUUACAAAAUUAUUUAUCAACUUUUGUUAAAAUUAAUUUAUGUUUUAAAAAAUCUGAUCAAUGUUUAUCAAUAAUAACUUGUUUAUCUAAUAAAUCAUCAAUAAUAAUAUCAUCUUCAUUUUUUUCAAAUGAUGAUAUUAAUAAGGGUAAACCACGUGCACCUAAUUUAUUUCCUAAUUAUCGUGAUCGUUUUCGACUAGAAAUAUCAUUUAGAACAACUACACCGCAUGUAUUACCUCCUUCAACAACAAAUAACGAAACUGUCGCACUUGCUAAUAGAGAUGCUAAUCUUUCAUGUAUCUCUUUUAAAGAAGAAAAAGAAUGUACACCAUCUGAUUCACAAUUAAAUCCAAGCGAAUGA